GAGCCAAUGGAGUGGGAAAACCUGGGACCCUGGGGAGAGGCCAAAGCUGCUGGAUUGCUGGUGGGGGGGCAUCCAUUUAGGACCCCAGUUAGCCCAGGAGCUGCCGAACACUUGAAUUCCUCUUGGGACUGUGGUGACUUGUGAAUAGCUGCUGUGCUCUGCUGAUUCUUUUUCUUCGCUUUCAACAUGGUGAUCAAAGUCUUUGUAGCCACAUCUUCGGGGUCUACAGCGAUUAAAAAGAAACAGCAAGAAGUAGUGGGCUUUUUAGAGGCCAACAAGAUUGACUUUCAGCAAAUGGACAUAGCAGGUGAUGAAGACAACAGGAAAUGGAUGAGAGAAAAUGUCCCAGGUGAAAAAAAGCCUCAAAAUGGAAUUCCCCUCCCUCCACAGAUCUUCAAUGAGGAGCAGUACUGUGGGGAUUUUGAAUCUUUUUUCUCUGCUAAAGAAGAAAAUAUUAUUUAUUCAUUCCUGGGUCUUGCUCCUCCUCCAGGCACAAAGGAGUCUGAAAAAUCUGAGGCCACGGGGGAAACUGAGGCACACACAGAAGACAAGGCAGAUGAAGGAACUAAUGAAGAGGCUCAGUCUGCUCAGUCACCGUCAGAAGAUCAACAGGAAAGCAAGGAAGAACAUACAGAAUCAGAGAAAGAAGAAAAACAGGAAGAGGGAGAAAAAAAUCAGGAAGAGGGAGAAGAAAAGCAGGAGGAGGGAGAAGAAAAGGAAGAGGUGAAGGAAGAAGAAGAGUCUUAGUACACUCCUCUACUACACAUUCUCUCUUGAACAGGUUUUCAGGAAGCAGAAGCUGGAGCAGCCUCACCAAAGAAAAUAAAAUCACUCAUUGAAACAAACCAUCACUACCUUUCACGCCUGUAGACAUAUCAAUAUAUAAAUACACAACAGAACGAAUACACCACUCUGUCCUACCUGUAGACUUUAUAUAUGUAUUUGGUAUUCUAAUUACUUGUUACAAUGGGUCUUCUUAUGUCUUACUGAUGAGAUUUCUGUCAAUUGUUAUAUGUUGGAAUAGUAUUCUUGUCACGUUUUAGAUUGUAAGCUCCUCAGGGCAGGAACAUUGUCUUCCUCCAUGCUUAUGUACUGCCAAACACAUUGCUGCCACUGAGCAGGUGACUGCACUCACACAACUGAUGUAUUCAGAGACAAAAUAUUCAGCACUGAAAACUGUAAAGUGGCUUCCUUUAUACAAGCUAUGUGAGUCACUUCUCCCUCAGCUGGCUUUUGAAAAUGAUUGAGAUUUCCAUUGUACAGCAGUUUAAAUAAAUACUUUUCCCCUCA